AUCAGCAAAUUCCAGAGGAUGCGUCACUAUUCGAUAUCGGUAAGGCAAGGCUUCACAAGAUAUUUGCUCCAUUUGUGUUUGCAGACCAGCUGCUGAAGCAGAACUUGAAAAGAGUAGACCAACCACUGAAGCAAAACCUGAAACUCCCGUGGUGAAACAGGUUAAAGUUGUUCACCUUUUUCAAGCGUGAGCUCAAUUUGAUGUUACAACGUUAGUAUCUACGGCAGGCCAUGGCUAGCUCCUAUCAAGGUCCAUCUUACGACCUCAUUGACAAAGCAUCAGAUAUAAGGCCAGCCCUUGCCAAACUCCGUGAAGGCGUGACGAGCUCACCAUUUCUAGCCGUCGACUGUGAGGGAGAAAGCCUCAGCCGCAAGGGGCAACUGUCCCUCGUGUCCGUGGCACUGCCGACCCACACCUACCUGUUUGACAUCAAGACCUUGGGAGCCAAAGUCUUCGAUGAAGGCCUACGAGAUCUACUGCAGGACCCCGACCGGGAGAAGCUGAUGUUUGACUGUAGGUCUGACUCUGAUUGUCUCUGGCAUCAAUACCACGUGAAACUCACCAAUGUGCUCGAUCUUCAGCUUCUGCAGAUCAUCUACCGAGAAACUAACCCAGAACCAGUACAAGAUGACAAACCACGGCAGGUGUCAUGGCCAGGCAGCAGGCGUCAGCCUAUGGCCACUGCCAGCAGGCCUCCGAUUAACGUCCAGCCGGUACUCCGCAGCUUCCUGCGAUGCCUGGAGCUUUACGUGGACGACAAAGACCUCACCACUGCCAAAGCAGCCGGCAAGGAGAAGAUGGAGCGAGAAGGGACGGCAGUGUGGAUGAAGCGGCCUCUAGAGGCAUCAUUGCUAGCGUACGCCGCUGCAGACGUCCAGGGUUUUUUGCCUCUGUACCGGGCGCUGCGGGGAGCGAUAGCUAACCCAGACAAGAAGGAACGGCUUCGGAAAGGUUCACAGAAUUUUCUCGACUAUCUCCGGUCUCGCUCGUUCCGUACCUACGACGAUUAUGAGAGAAACGGUUUCCUGCCUUGGCGUAUUCUCCCAGCGUCGGGGCAUGAGCGACCGUACACUCCAGAGGUUUACUGCAAGGGGUGCAAGCGCGCUUUCCCAAGGCAGGAUUUUUUUGCUCUACACAUUCGAAGGGGAAUUCAGCACUGCCCUGUGUGUAGGAAAAUCUACGGACUGCAGCAACACUGAACCUGAAGGGUGCAUGUCAUCUCAUCUUCAGGGGCAAGGGUGGAUCCAGAAUUAAAGUUCACCAAAUUUCAAACUUGUUUUUCACAUACGGUAUAAUUUUACGCUUUUUAUACUUAUUUAGAAGGAAAUAAAAAACACCCACCUCUCAAAAAAGAGGCCCUUGGAACUGCCCUUGCUAGAAGUUUGAACUAUGUUGCAUAUAGAAUUAUACCUUGUAAAUAAAAUACGUCUAUGAAAAUCAUUGUCCUGAUGCAAAUAUUAUAAAUUAUUAAUCGUAAACGAUAAAUCUAGAAAGAGUUGGUCGUAGCUAUACAAAAUAGGUUCAGUGAAUUUUAAAAUGCAGCAAAGAGAAUAGAACUGCACAAAAUUCAUCAAGAAUCCAUAGAAAUAUUCCAUUGCUAGUUUUAAGUCAAGUGAAGGAGGUAACGUGCACAAAAGGUGUUGUAAAUUGCUUAUAUCUUUUGAUUGUUAUAGUUAUUCAGUACUUACAAAAAUGAGUUUAUUAGAACAAAAACAUCUUUACGUAUAAAUGUUACAUAUACAUGUAGCACCAUUUUGUAAAAUAUAUGUGUGAGAUGUAAUACCGGUAUGUGAAAUCUAGUCUUCAAGAUACAGGUAUACCGCUGGGCCAAAAUUUCACAACCAAUGCUAUGUCGUGACUCGAAGAAAAAGUUUAGUACCUUGCUGUGUCAACUUUAACAGAUUUUCGGUGAUAAACUUGUUUUAACAUUGUAACUGUACUGGUAAACAUCAAAGGUGGAGCUUGUGAGCUUUGACCUCA